UUCCUGGUUGGAAUCGGACGUCUUUGCUAUAUUUUCUCUUCUCACUCAAUUAAGCAAGUUUUAUAUAUAUAGACCCAAAGAGACAAGAAGAUGAAUUACGCAAUCAGAUCAACUCGGACAUAUCCACCAGCUUUGUUCUCAACACCUCUGCUGUAUAACGCAGGCCGUCAAGCGUAUGGGCUCAGAUUAAGGAAGGGCGCAACUAUGGCUACCCAGCAACCUGAUAGCAAGCAGAACACGGACAAGCCCCAGAAACCGAACCUGAACCCGAACCCAAAUGAGAAAACUGGGGACGUGAUGUCUCAUUCGUUUGGUGAGGGGUACGCCACCAGGUCGGAUGAGGAAGGAUUUGGUGGAAUAUAUGGAGGCAACCAGUCUUUUCCAAAGCCUGAGCAUGAUGAGCCUGUCCAUGAAAAUCACCCUGCUUAUGACAAGUCCCAGGGGAGCGAAGUGAAGGAGAAGGAAAAAGCGCGACACCAGACCAGCGCAAAUUCGUAGAUAGAAAAUAUUAUCCUUAACCUUUGCUUUCCUUCUAGCCAUGGAUAACGAUGUAUGAGCUGCUGCUUGUCUUUCUUCUAAUUAGUACGUCUCUGUGUAUUAAU